UACUGCAGUCCUGCGCCAUCUGGCAACUCUGUGCGCUAAAACGUGUGGCGUAUCGUGCGUAAAAUUUCUCAUUGCUUUUCGCAUGAUUUAAUCAAGCAAAGAAAGCCCUACCCUUCCACAGACAGCUUCGUGAACUGAAAGAAGAGAUCGCCAUGUCCGCUACCCAUAAGCAGCGGUAUAAAAAUGCCGCAUUGGACUCGACGGAAAUGCGUCGCCGUCGCGAGGAAGUUGGCAUCCAGUUGCGGAAAACCAAGCGUGAGCAGCAAUUGUUCAAGCGUCGCAAUGUGGUGCUGGAUCCAUCCCCCACCGGAAUGGAGAGUAGCAGCAGCAGUGAGCUGCAGAACACCGACAUGCAAAUUGCGGACAGUACCACUGGGCCGCAGGGAAUGGGCGCACAGUCAUCGGGCCAGGCAGAGGCUGGUGCUGGAACAGGACCGCAACCAUCGAUUAUUAACCAGGAAAUGAUACAAAUGCUGUACAGCACAAAGGAGAGCGAUCAACUAGAGGCAACGCAGAAGUUUCGCAAGUUGUUGUCUCGCGAUCCCAAUCCGCCCAUCGAGGAGGUCAUUCAGCGAGGCAUCGUGCCCCAGUUUGUGACAUUUCUAAGAAACAACACCAAUGCCACUCUACAGUUUGAGGCCGCAUGGACACUGACAAACAUUGCGUCGGGUACAUCGCAUCAAACCAAGAUUGUCAUUGAGGCCGGGGCUGUGCCCAUAUUUAUAGAGCUGCUGUCCAGCCCCCAUGACGAUGUGCAGGAGCAGGCCGUCUGGGCCCUUGGCAACAUAGCGGGUGACUCGCCCGUAUGCCGUGACCAUCUGCUUAGCUCGGGCAUCAUGUUGCCACUGUUGCAAGUGUUGAGCUCUUCAGAGCGCAUCACUAUGAUUAGGAAUGCCGUGUGGACGCUCUCAAAUUUAUGUCGUGGCAAAAACCCGCCAGCGGACUUCACUAAAAUCGUACACGGUCUGCCCAUACUGGCUCGCCUGCUCGACUACUCCGAUGUGGAUGUACUCAGCGACACAUGCUGGGCCAUCAGCUAUCUGUCGGAUGGGCCCAAUGAUAAAAUUCAGGCUGUCAUAGAUGCGGGCGUUUCUCGUCGACUGGUCAAUCUGCUUUUGCAUCCGCAGCAGAAUGUCAGCACAGCUGCUUUGAGGGCUGUUGGUAAUAUUGUGACCGGUGAUGAUCAGCAAACACAAAUGAUAUUGAGCUACAAUGCGUUGCCCUGCAUAAGCCAGUUGCUACACUCAACGACGGAGACUAUCAAGAAGGAAUCCUGCUGGACCAUAUCAAAUAUUGCCGCUGGCAAUCGGGAUCAAAUUCAGGCGAUUAUCAAUGCGAAUAUAUUCCCACAGUUGAUGAACAUUAUGCAGACGGCCGAGUUCAAGACGCGCAAAGAGGCCGCCUGGGCCAUCACCAAUGCAACCAGCAGCGGCACCUCAGAGCAGAUCCACUAUCUGGUGGAGGUCGGCUGUGUGCCGCCAAUGUGCGAUUUCCUCACUGUCAUUGAUUCCGAUAUUGUUCAGGUGGCGCUCAAUGCUCUGGAGAAUAUACUUAAAGCGGGCGAAAAGUAUCAAGUUCGACCCAAUCCCUAUGCCAUGGCCAUCGAGGAGUGCGGAGGUUUGGACAAAAUCGAGUAUCUGCAGGCGCACGAGAAUCGUGACAUCUAUCACAAGUCGUUCUACAUUAUUGAACAGUACUUUGGAAACGAAGAGGAGGACACCCGAGUGGCACCCAUGGCGGGAAAUCAACAGUUUGAGUUCAAUCCACAGAAUAUGCCAGACAAUGGCUUUAAUUUUUAGUACCAG